AUUUUGUGUUGACACUCAAUGUGUGCGACGUGGUUAUUCGUCCGGAUGGAAAUUCGUUCCUGCCGAAGCUUCUCGCUGUCAUUUCGUCUGACAGUUUAAAGUCAUUCUUUAUGAGAAUGUCGGACGCUUUGCUCCAGUGGUGCUUGGAUCAGUUACACCAUCAGUUCGGACUGGAAGCAUGUGAAGACAUCAUAAAAUACAUUCUGUCCAUCGAAUCAGCGGAAGAGAUCGAGGAAUACUUGAUAGACCUUCUGCAGGGUGCAGAUGGUAAGAAAAGGCACUUCAUAGACCAGCUCCUCAGCAGAUGGAAGAGGACCCAAAGAUCUCCAGAUCCUGUGGCUAUCUUUCCUCUUAAAGAAUCUCUUCCUUUUGAUCCACAGGACCAGACUAAAGACACACAGAAGAAGUCUAAACGCAAAGGUCGUAACAGGCAGGAAGCAUUGAGUGUGAACCAAACAGAACCUGAACCAGAAGUGGUCAAAACCCCCAUUGAUUUGAUGAGAGCCCAAGAAAACAUUAACAGUUCUUCAUCAUCAAAGAAAAAGAACAAAUUUGUGAGUCUUUAUGCCAAAGAGGGACAGGACAAGCUUGCCGUCCUUCUGCCUGGUCGACAUUCCUGUGAGUGCCUUGCUCAAAAGCAUACACUAAUCAACAAUUGUAUCAGCUGUGGUCGCAUUGUGUGUGAGCAAGAAGGCUCAGGACCCUGUCUCUUCUGUGGCAGCCUGGUCUGCACAAAAGAGGAGCAAGAGAUCCUACAGAGAGACUCGAACAAAAGCCAGAAGCUGAGAAAGAAACUCAUGGGAGACUUUGGAGAAAGAGACAUCCUCCCACACCAAGAGGCUAAGAUCAAGGCUGGGUUGGAGAAAGCUGUUCAACAUAAAGAGAAACUGCUGGAAUAUGACAAAAACAGUGUCCGGAGAACACAGGUUCUUGAUGACGAGUCUGAUUACUUCGCUGCGGAAUCUAACCAGUGGUUGUCACCUGGUGAACGUGAAAAAAUGAUAAAAAAAGAAGAGGAGCUCCGAGCGAUCCGCCACGCCUCUCGCAAGGACAGGAAGAUUACCUUGGACUUUGCUGGUAGACAAGUGAUUGAUGAAGGAAACGACCUCACGGAGUAUUAUAACAAGCUGGAUGAGUUUGCUAAGGGCAGUGACACUAUGUCAAAGUCUCCAAGGCACACUGACAGACAAAGUGGAAAGCACAACAUCCGGGGGCUGGUCAAUCCCAACAUAUUGCAAGAUGCACCAGAGUGGGUUAAUAUCAGAACAAGUGAAACCCCCAGAGGAAUCAUGAAUCAGAAAAAGAGUUUGGUAGAAGAGAAGGGAAGUGAAGAACGAAACAGGCUGCGCCUUCAAGACAAGGAGCUGCAGGAGAUUUCUGAUGGAGGCUGGUGCCUCAGCAUGCACCAGCCGUGGGCCUCACUGCUGGUCAAAGGCAUUAAGAGGGUAGAAGGACGGACUUGGUACACGUCACACAGAGGCCGUCUUUGGAUCGCUGCUGCUGCUAAGAAGCCCACUCCUCAGGAAGUUGCUGAGGUGGAAGCAAUGUAUCAACAAAUAUAUAAAAAAGAGACCAGGUUUCCCAAAGACUACCCCACUGGCUGCUUGUUGGGAUGUGUUCACAUGACUGACUGCUUAUCCCAGGAGCAGUUCAAAGAGCAGUUUCCUGGUACCUGCGAGGAGUCCUCCUCCCCAUUUGUCUUCAUCUGCACCAACCCCCAGGAGCUCCUGGUGAAAUUCCCAAUGAAAGGGAAGCACAAGAUCUGUAAUUCAUCAAGGACAUUCUGGCCAAUGGGACUAGUAUUCUGGAACUCUCUUUUUAAGGGAAGCUGGAGAGUCAGUACCAUCAAGGUGCCAAGAAGGGCCUGGUCCCAUCGGCCGCUGACUGACAUCACAGGAGAGGCCAACAGAGACUAACAGGAUGUGAUGUCUUUAAAGUUUGGUUUUCACUUCAAUCAAUCCUUAUGUUUGAGUACACAAUGGAAUACGUCCAAAUGAUUAUAUAAAUAAAAAGUCUUUCUAUUCAAA